AUGAGCAAACAUAUGUACACAACGGCCAAUCUGUCGGACGUGGAGCUGAAGGACCAAGGCAAUCGGUUGUUCUCCGCACGAAAGUAUGACGAUGCGGUCAAUCUCUACACAAAAGCGAUCAUCAAAAACUCCACGAAUGCCACCUACUUCACCAACCGCGCCCUCUGUCACAUCAAAAUGAAGCGCUGGGAGACGGCGUGCAGUGACUGCCGGCGGGCACUCGACAUGGAUCCGAACCUGGUGAAGGGACACUUCUUUCUAGGCCUAAGCCUGAUGGAGCUCGAAUCGUUCGAUGAAGCGAUCAAACAUUUGCAGCGCGCUCACGAUCUGGCCAAGGAGCAGAAGCUUAACUUUGGGGACGACAUUGCAUCGCAGCUACGGUUGGCCCGAAAGAAGCGCUGGAAUAUACAGGAGGAGAAGCGCAUUUGUCAAGAGAUUGAACUACAAACUUAUCUCAAUAGACUUAUCACGGAAGAUAUGGAAAAUCGUCUAGCAAAGCUGAAGCUGGAUGAUACGAUCAAUGAGGAAACGCUCAAGGAAAAAGCUAUCGAAAUCGAGCGGGAAGGCGAAAACCAUAUGACUGAAUUAAACAAUCUGUUUGCUAAGGUAGACGACAGGAGACGGAAACGAGAAGUACCUGAUUACCUCUGCGGCAAGAUCAGCUUCGAGCUGCUUGUAGAUCCCGUAAUCACACCGUCCGGUAUGACGUACGAGAGGAAGGACAUUGAAGAACAUCUGCAGCGGGUUGGCCAUUUUGAUCCGGUGACGCGCGUGAAGCUUACCCAAGAUCAGCUGAUAUCGAACUACUCGAUGAAGGAGGUUGUCGAUGCGUUCCUGCAGGAAAAUGAGUGGGCAUUGGACUAUUAGUAA